AAUUUGUUUGGAACAAAACCAGAAAGCUCGUAGAAAUCGUUGACGGCAAACACCCGAAGCCAUCUCUCUCUCUCUCUCGCUCAGUGAUAAAUUCGAUGAUGACAAACUGAAACUGAAACUUCCUUCGAUUUUCACGAAUCCGGUGAAGCUCAGCCAUGUCAACUGGUGGCGCUGGUGCUGGUGACGGUGACACCUCCAAACAACAACUCUUUCACCUCAUCAAACGCUUCGGUGCUUAUGUCACUUUCAAGAUCUCCAACCUCGUCUCCCUCUCUCUUCACAAUCUCGAUAUACGCUCUAUUGGGGCGGUUGCUGGUCUAGCUGUUGCAAUUGUUUUCACAUGGAGGCUGUUGAGAUCCCCUGGUGAGCCUCAACAGAGGCAACAAAAACGGCAAGGUGCUUCAUCUAGUAAUAGUAAUCCUGGAGCAAGGGCAGGUUCAAUUGCCUCGGUAGUUCCUUCUGAAGCUAGUUUGCCCUCACAUGAUUCAAGGGCACAAAAUGUUGUGGAUGAGUUCUUUCAGCCAGUCAAGCCAACCUUGGGGCAGAUAGUUAGGCAGAAGUUGAGUGAAGGAAGAAAGGUAACUUGUCGUCUUCUUGGAGUGGUCCUUGAGGAAACUAGUCCAGAGGAGCUUCAGAAACAAGCUACUGUCAGAUCCUCUGUGCUAGAAGUAUUGUUGGAAAUAACAAAAUAUUGUGAUUUAUAUCUCAUGGAACGAGUUCUGGAUGACGAAAGCGAGAAAAGAGUUCUUGUAGCGUUAGAAGAAGCAGGGGUAUUCACUUCAGGUGGUUUGGUUAAGGACAAGGUUCUCUUCUGCAGCACAGAGAAUGGACGGUCAUCAUUUGUUCGACAAUUGGAGCCAGAUUGGCAUAUCGACACAAAUCCUGAAAUUGUCUUUCAGUUAGCCAGGUUUAUCAAGUAUCAACUCCAUGUAUCUCCUCACAAAAGCGAACGAACUGCUGGUAAUGUGUUCAGUGCUCCAGCCCUGGAACUGUUCUUUGGAUCCAUAUGAAACUAAACACUUAAAAUCAGAUACUAUUCUUAAAUGGCUACCGGUUUGUUUUCUCCCUGCAUUUUGGAUUCUAUCUUCACAAUACAAUUUUCCUAGCUUUUCUUGAUGUAUUAGAACUAGGUUAGAUUUUCUUCAAGCUUUGAUGGGUUCUCAGUCAUGUAGGUGAAAGAUCUGCUGUUUAUGUGUAUGAUGUUUUGAGGAACAAGUUCUAUUAUUUUCCUUUUCUCAUCUUUGAUUGAAAUCUGUGCAUUAGAUUGGAUCCCAUCCCGACAUUUUAAACUGGCAAGGUGGCAAAUUUUAAUGGAUAUUUGUAUCUGAUCAUUUUACAUAUGUCAAUCAUGGAAAAUAUUACUGAUCAA